CACAUUCAGUCAUCUCAAACAGAUCCAUGCCUUCAUUAUCACAGCCUCCCUCUCUCAGAAUCUUCAUUUCUUUUCCAGAUUUCUUCGUCGAAGCACAGAGUUUGGUUCCAUGGAGUAUUCGGCUCUGAUAUUCUCCAAAAUGGAUACUGAUAUCAGCUCAGGUAUCGCCCCAUGGAAUGUAAUGAUCAGAGGGUAUGCCUUUAACGGACCCCAUGAGAAAUGCAUACAAUUGUUUGAUCAAAUGCCUCAGAGAGGAUUGAAACCCAAUAAUUACACAUACCCAUAUGUGUUGAACUCUUGCUGUGAGAUGGCGCUUUAUAACAAAGCCCUAAAUGUGCAUUGCCAGAUUGUAAAGACUGGGUUUGAUUCAAGUUUUGCUGUUGCCAAGUCUAUUUUUAAUUUGUAUAUUAAGAUGCAGGCUUCUUUUGGUUCUGAAAACGAUGGCAGAGCGAGUGAUGCCCGGAAGGCUUUUCAGGAUAUGCAUGUGAAAACGGUAGAAGUGUGGAAUCUAAUGAUAUCAGAGUAUGUGCGCAUUGGUGAUAUAAGUUCUGCAAGAGAGCUGUUCGAUAAAAUGCCUGAAAGAGACAUUGUUUCAUGGAAUUCUAUCAUAUCGGGUUACAUCAGAAGUAGGGAGGUAGCAAAGGCGAGAGAUUUGUUUGAGCGAAUGCCAGAGAAGAAUGUUGUUUCAUGGACAUCAAUGAUUAGAGCAUAUGCAGAUGCAGGAGACCUUGUCACUGCCAGAAAGUUUUUCAAGGAAAUGCCGUGCAGAAAUGUAGUUUCUUGGAAUUCUAUGAUUUCAAGUUACACCCAGCACGAGAAAUUUCAUGAAGCAUUGGACCUUUUCGGGCAAAUGCAAUCAGAGGGGGUUGUGUCAGAUGGAUAUACCUUUGUUUCUGUUCUAUCAGCAUGUUCUCAUUUAGGUGCACUGGAAUUUGGCAAACGUAUACACUACAUGAUAAAAGAUUGGUCUCAGCUGGGAGUCAUAGUGAGGACCGCCCUCAUAGACAUGUAUGCAAAAUGUGGAGAUAUUAAUACAGCUUUUACACUAUUUAUCAAAAUAGGAUGGAAGGAUGUUUUUUGUUGGAAUGUUAUGAUAAAAUCACUAGCUAUCAACGGAAGAACAGAAGAUGCAAUUAAACUGUUCUAUCUGAUGCCGAAGACUGGUUUGAAGCUAAAUGACUUCACUUUUAUGGGGGCUUUGUUUGCCUGUAGCCACGGGGCCUUGGUAGAAGAAGGUCGGAGGAUUUUUUACAGUAUGGAGAGAGAUUUUGGUGUUAAUCCAACGCUCGAACAUUUUGGUUGUUUCAUAGACUUACUUAGCCGGAAUGGUCGGCUUGAGGAAGCCCAACUUCUAGUGAGGGAUAUGCCCUAUAAGCCUGAUAUUGCUAUUUGGGGAGCUUUGCUGGGAGGAUGUAGAGAAAGAGGUGACCUGAAAUUGGCUGAAAAGGUCGUAGAGAGAGCAACUAAAUUGGAGGCAAAUGAACCGGGAAUUCAUGUACUGUUGUCUAAUAUGCAUGCCUCAAUGGGUCAAUGGCCUGAAGCUUUGAAUGCAAGGGAGAAGAUGGAAGAGAAGCAAGUAUUGAAGAAGGUAGGGACUAGCACCAUUGUUUAGGACUCACGCCAAUAACAAACAGAUAUAGUGGAAACAAACCAACAAGUCAUGCUUUUAGAUGCAAGCAAAUGGUAGCUUCCUGCCACGAAGACAGCCAGACAACUGCUACCGUUUUUGCAAAUU